AUGGCGGCGGACAGUUCCAUGGCUCUGUUGGACACGUCGUUGUUGGGUGACAUGAGUAGUGUGUACACGCAGCAGGGUAUGGUUGAGGGCAGCAACGCUCUGGUGAUGCCGAUGCGGCGCUCAAAGAAGGCGGCCAAGCCUCCUGCGCUGGAGAAGGUGAAAAAGCAACUGACGAAAAGGUCGCUUCGCGCACAUGCUAAAAUGGAAGAAAAGGCGCGACUCAAGAGACUCACAAAGUGCCUCCAGACGCCAGUUGUCCUGACGGCAGAACAAAACAAAGGAAUCAAUCUACUCAGCAGACUCAUGGAUGCCAAGUCGCUGAACAACGAAACUUUCGAAUCGAUAUAUAACGAAGCUGUGCAACUUGGAAUUCAAAUGCCCGACGCCGUCCGGAAACGACAUGAAAAAAUUCAACAAAUUCUUAUGCGUCGAAAAGAAGAAGAGGACCAAGACAUGAUGUAA